ACCAUAUCUCCCAUCUGGAGCUGUACAUCAGUUCCAUGGAGAAACUGGCUGUGAAUUUCCGCUCCAAUGGAGAGAAGGAAGUGGCCUCUGCCUUCACGAAGUUUGCUGAAUUUUCCAAAGAGCUGCUGACGCCAAUAAAGAACUUGGUAAGAGAGAGAGAGUUGCUUUCGAGAGUAUGAAAAAACGAUCAAUUAGAAUGUGCUUCUGUUGUGUCUACCGGUCAAAAGCUUUAGAACACCUACUCAUUCAAGGGUUUUUCUCAUUGUAGAAUAAUAAUGAAGACAUCAAAACUAUGAAAUAAGACAUAAUGUAGUGACCAAAAAAGUGUUAAACAAAUCAAAAUAUAUUUUAUAUUUGAGAUUCUUCAAAUAGCCACCCUUUGCCUUGAUGACAGCUUUGCACACUCUUGGCAUUCUCUCAACCAGCUUCAUGGGGUAGUCACCUGGAAUGCAUUUCAAUUAACAGGUGUGCCUUCUUAAAAGUUCAUUUGUGGAAUUUCUUUCCUUAACGCGUUUGAGCCAAUCAGGUGUGUUGUGAGAAGGUAGGGGGGUAUACAGAAGAUAGCCCUAUUUGGUAAAAGACCAAGUCAAUAUUAUUAUUAUUACUUUAGGACAUGAAGGUCAGUCAAUAUGGAACAUUUCAAGAACUUUGAAAGUUUCUUCAAGUGCUGUUGCAAAAACCAUCAAGCGCUGUGAUGAAACUGGCUCUCAUGAGGACCGCCACAGGAAUGGAAGACCCAGAGUUACCAGCCUAGGAAAUUGCAGCCCAAAUAAAUGCUUCACAGAGUUCAAGGAACAGACACAUCUCAACAUCAACUGUUCAGAGGAGACUGCGUGAAUCAGGCCUUCAUGGUCGAAUUGCUGCAAACCACUACUAAAGGACACAAAUAAGAAGAAGAUACUUGCUUGGGCCAAGAAACACAAGCAAUGGACAUUAGACCGGUGGAAAUAUGUCCUUUCGUCUGGAGUCCAAAUUUGAGAUUUGUGUUUCCAACCGCUGUGUCUUUGUGAGACGCGGUGUGGGUGAACGGAUUAUCUCUGCAUGUGUAUUUCCCACCGUAAAGCAUGGAGGAGGAGGUGUUAUGGUGUGGGGGUGCUUUGCUGGUGAUACUUUCUGUGAUUUAUUUAGAAUUCAAGGCACACUUAACCAGCAUGGCCAUCCCAUCUGGUUUGGGUUUAGUGGGAUUCUCGUUUGUUUUUCAAUAGGACAAUGACCCAACACACCUCUAGGCUGUGUAAGGGCUAUUUGACCAAGAAGGAGUGAUUGAGUGCUGCAUCAGAUGACCUGGCCUCCACAAUCCCCCGACCUCAACCAAGUUGAGAUGGUUUGGGAUGAGACGGACUGCAGAGUGAAGGAAAAGCAGCCAACAAGUGCUCAGCAUAUGUGGGAACUCCUUCAAGACUGUUGGAAAAGCCUUCCAGGUGAAGCUGGUUGAGAGAAUGCUAAGAGUGUGCAAAGCUGUCAUCAAGGCAAAGGGUGGCUAUUUGAAGAAUCUCAAAUAUAAAAUAUAUUUUGAUUUGUUUAACACUGUCUUGGUUACUACAUGAUUCCAUAUGUGUUUUGAUGUCUUCACUAUUAUUCUACAAUGUAGAAAAUAGUAAAAAAUAAAGAAAAACCCUUGAAUGAUUAGGUGUUCUAAGGCUUUUGACCGGUAGUGUACAUCAAAGCUCCUCAGUGACAGUCUGACAUUGUGCGUAUUGUAACCCACCACAACUGUGUGUCUUCCCUUCAGUUAAAGAGCAUGCUGCACAACAUCAACUUCUUCCUGGAUUCUCUAGUAAAAGGAGACCUGAAAGAGGUCAAAGGGGUAAGUCUAAAAUGUCAAAUAGCUGAUCUUGCCUCGCUCAAAUAUCUUUGUCGAAUUGCAUAUCUGUGAUGACCACUCUCUAAAAUCAUGCACAUUUUCUAUUCUCUUCUCCCUCAGGAUUUGAAAAAGCCGUUUGACAAAGCAUGGAGGGACUAUGAAAAUAAAUUGUGAGUGUACAUCUGCCCAACAGCUAAAUGGUCCUGGUGAGGGAACGUAAUGAUUUUACCUGGCUUUAAAAAUUUCACACCAGUGCCAAAUGAUGCAUUGCAUUCAUACUUCCAACAGUCAACUGAAAUAAUGCUGCUUUUUUUUAUUCUGUAUAGCUGUUUUAAUUAAUCAGAAACAACCAGCUGGUUGAUUGCCAGGCCAAUGGGGUGGAGGGUAUUGUUUUGAUUUGUGGUGCAAGAGUUAUUGUUCAUGUCACAAAUUUGGUCCAAGAGACAGAAGUUAUAUCCUCACAUUCUCCACCAACAAUACGAAAUGGAUCUGUUCCUGUUUAAAUAAGGUUUUAAGUGUCAUAGCAACCAGCUUUGAAUUACUGUACACUGUGGGGCUGUUUUCAGUGGGGCAAUUUGUCCAUGGUGGGUUAGUCUGUGUGUCUGUUCCCAAUAACAGGGUCAGAGGCACAGCUGCCCUUGACACCACAUUCACAUCCCCUGUACUGGAAACAGUGGUUGAGCCGUGCAUCAUUUCAAUGAUUCUCUAUAUGCUUUUACUACAAGCCAUUCUUGUUCAAGCUCCCCACAGACUUGUUUUCCCCAAGGCCUGAAUCCAAUCUUGUGAUAUUCGAUGCGAAUGACCACAAAUACUGUAUUAAAAACAUUGACAGCCCAGCACCCUUUACAACGCAUACUAAGAAGCUCCUCCCUGAUCCUUAGAUAAUGAUUUACCAUUCAUAUUAUUUUUUUUGCGUUAAUAGUAGUCAUCAUGUGAAAUACAUUCAGUAUCCCUUAUCAAUAUCCCAUUCUUCCCUAUGGUAUGAUCGAAAACAUAUAGAAUAGCAAUUUUGUCCAAUUCUCUCAGCUGUAUGAAUCAACCAACCAUAAUGAGCGGUACCAGUGUGUUUAUCUCUGACUGACCUGAGAUGAACUAGUGUUAUAUUGUAUCCCUCAGCACCAAGAUCGAGAAGGAGAAGCGGGAGCUGGCCAAGCAGUACGGCAUGGUGCGCACAGAGGUGAGCGGGGGAGAGAUCGCAGAGGAGCUGGAGAAGGAGCGCAGGAUGUUCCAGCUACAGAUGUGUGAGGUGAGUGAGAUCUACUGUAUAGAGUGAUUCUUAUUCAAAUUCUAUGGGGGAGUUUCAAAGCUUUGACAUCUGAUUAACAGUUCUGGCUUAGAGCUUUGGCCAACAUUUGGGCCUCCUGAGAAUGGGGUGUUACCCUCAAGGUUUACCUCUUAUCCCGUAAUGACAUAGUUUUAGAGAUGAAACCUUUCUGAAUAGCUCCAAGGUCUUCCAUUGGAAUCUGUAGUUUCUCCGUUUAAAUCAUGAAUGAAUGACUUGUGAUAUUGCCUUUGUGUCUUUGUCCAUUCAGUGACGUGAAUGCACAGCCUUGCUUUUAAUGAUUGCUCGAUGGACACAUUGAUGAAUAACUCAACCAUAAAACCGUUUGCUUCUCCUCUAUGUGUUUCUUGUAGUACCUCAUCAAAGUGAACGAAAUCAAGACUAAGAAAGGUGUCGACCUGCUUCAGAAUCUCAUCAAGCACUAUCACUCCCAGUGCAAGUAAGGCAAUGUGGUCUCUGUCUAACUAAAAGUUAGGGGGAGAAAUGAACAUCUCAGCUAAACGUGAGUGUGUUUCUCUGUUGCUCUGAGGUUUACUGAGCGAAAGGAGAACCUUAGGUGGUAAAAACAAUGGGGGGAGUGGAGUCAUUGUUUACUGUACUGUAAGGACUGGAAAAUCCAAUAACUUUUUAAAGCAUAUGACUGGAUAUCUUAUUGAAAUAUGGAAAUAAUGCCCCUCCCACACACAUACUGUAUGACAGUGCUAGCCCUAAGUGUUUUAGAAAAUGCAUAACACUUUCAUGUUUUAUAUAGAUGAUGAUAUAAUAAAACAUGUAGGAGUGGAAUUGGGGAAAUUCAGGCUUAGACUCCAGAGGGUUGAUAAAAGCCGUAUUGAUGCAUUAUAUUGAGUAAAGGGUGAUUAUUAAAAAGUGCUUUUGAACAAGAUAAGUGCUUGCGAAAUGAGUUUACAUACAGUGGGGAAAAAAAGUAUUUAGUCAGCCACCAAUUGUGCAAGUUCUCCCACUUAAAAAGAUGAGAGAGGCCUGUAAUUUUCAUCAUAGGUACAUGUCAACUAUGACAGACAAAUUGAGAAAAAAAAAUCCAGAAAAUCACAUUGUAGGAUUUUUUAUGAAUGUAUUUGCAAAUUAUGGUGGAAAAUAAGUAUUUGGUCACCUACAAACAAGCAAGAUUUCUGGCUCUCACAGACCUGUAACUUCUUCUUUAAGAGGCUCCUCUGUCCUCCACUCGUUACCUGUAUUAAUGGCACCUGUUUGAACUUGUUAUCAGUAUAAAAGACACCUGUCCACAAUCUCAAACAGUCACACUCCAAACUCCACUAUGGCCAAGACCAAAGAGCUGUCAAAGGACACCAGAAACAACAUUGUAGACCUGCACCAGGCUGGGAAGACUGAAUCUGCAAUAGGUAUGCAGCUUGGUUUGAAGAAAUCAACUGUGGGAGCAAUUAUUAGGAAAUGGAAGACAUACAAGACCACUGAUAAUCUCCCUCGAUCUGGGGCUCCACGCAAGAUCUCACCCCGUGAGGUCAAAAUGAUCACAAGAACAGUGAGCAAAAAUUCCAGAACCACACGGGGGGACCUAGUGAAUGACCUGCAGAGAGCUGGGACCUAAGUAACAAAGCCUACCAUCAGUAACACACUACGCCGCCAGAGACUCAAAUCCUGCAGAGCCAGACGUGUCCCCCUGCUUAAGCCAGUACAUGUCCAGGCCCGUCUGAAGUUUGCUAGAGUGCAUUUGGAUGAUCCAGAAGACGAUUGGGAGAAUGUCAGAUGAAACCAAAAUAUAACUUUUUGGUAAAAACUCAACUCGUCGUGUUUGGAGGACAAAGAAUGCUGAGUUGCAUCCAAAGAACACCAUACCUACUGUGAAGAAUGGGGGUGGAAACAUCAUGCUUUGGGGCUGUUUUUCUGCAAAGGGACCAGGACGACUGAUCCGUGUAAAGGAAAGAAUGAAUGGGGCCAUGUAUCGUGAGAUUUUGAGUUAAAACCUCCUUCCAUCAGCAAGGGCAUUGAAGGUGAAACAUGGCUGGGUCUUUCAGCAUGACAAUGAUCCCAAACACACCGCCCGGGCAACGAAGGAGUGGCUUCGUAAGAAGCAUUUCAAGGUCCUGGAGUGGCCUAGCCAGUCUCCAGAUCUCAACCCCGUAGAAAAUCUUUGGAGGGAGUUGAAAGUCUGUGUUGCCCAGCGACAGCCCCAAAACAUCACUGCUCUAGAGGAGAUCUGUAUGGAGGAAUGGGCCAAAAUACCAGCAACAGUGUGUGAAAACCUUGUGAAGACUUACAGAAAACGUUUGACCUGUGUCAUUGCCAACAAAGGGUAUACAACAAAGUAUUGAGAAAGUUUUGUUAUUGACCAAAUACUUAUUUUCCACCAUAAUUUGCAAAUAAAUUCAUAAAAAAUCCUACAAUGUGAUUUUCUGGAAUUUUUUUUCUCAUUUUGUCUGUCAUAGUUGACGUGUACCUAUGAUGAAAAUUACAGGCCUCUCUCAUCUUUUUAUGUGGGAGAACUUGCACAAUUGGUGGCUGACUAAAUACUUUUUUUCCCCACUGUAAUUGUAAAGUGGUUAUCCCACUGGCUAUAGGGUGAACGCACCAAUUUGUGAGUCGCUCUGGCUAAGAGCGUCUGCUAAAUGAUGUUAAUGUGCCCUUGAGCAAGGCACUUAACCCUAAUUGCUCCUGUAAGUCGCUCUGGUUAAGAGCGUCUGCUAAAUGACUAAAAUGUAAAUGUAAAUGUAAUGGUUGCGGUUUUAGAUUUGCCUGAGGGUCAUGCAGUAGCAGUUUGACGGCAUGAUCAUAUACAGAUAACCAGAUGAGAACCAGCCUAUUAUAGAAGUCAUUUUCAUCUUUCAGUAGAGCUCCAAUUGCGUGUGCCAAAGACAUCAGAUGUUAAACACAAUAUCCCCUGUGACUGACUGCCCCCUCCCCUCUAUGGCCACCAUGCACCAUCAUAUGUGAAAAGAGUCAGGAAACAUGCUAGCCCAUCCUGCAACACACCCAAACACUCACUCACUCACUCAGUCUCACGCACCUUCUGCUUCUAAUGCGGCAAUAAACUGAUAUUUCCUUUUGUCAGUUUCUUUCAGGAGUGCCUGGUGGCCACCGAGAAGCUCAAGCAGUAUAUUGAUGAGCUCACAGGAACGCUGGGCACUGUGAGUGACAUUCCACAAUGUCUGUGUGUCUGAUUCGUUUCAUUGAACCUUUAUUUAAGUAGGGAGUAUGCUGAGACCACGGUCUCUUUCACAAAUGAGCCCUUCACAUUCUGGUGUUCGAUCAAAUGGCAACUUGAAAAGGUGACAUUCACCACAAACUCCACCUACUGCAGUCUCAGAAUGAGCUCCUCAAACCAGCAGCCAUUUGCAAUCACCUGUGGUUUUGCUUUUCUGUUGCAACCAUCCCCCACACAACUGAUUGAUUGAUUUCAGUUUUAAUACAAAACCGCCUUGAACAAAUGUAAUGAUUCUCUCCAGAAACCAGAUACUAAAUGUAGUCUGAACUGUUAAAUGUUUUAUUCCUGUCAUCAGUAGUCAGUGACUGUCCUCUCUCCCAGCUGUUGGGUUCCAUUAAGAUUCUAUUGAGAUAAACAGCCCACGCUGUUAGCCAUUAGCCUUGUGCUCACAACUAGAGUAGAUGGAGAUAAUCAGCUCAGUUAGCCUCGAACCGCUACAGCUCUAUUCAGAGAGCCAUCCACAGCUGCCCUAUGGGCAGCAAACUUACACAUGUGCCUGAAGCGGGUCAUCUGCAUUCUGAACACUCUCCCCACCCUACAGCUCACACAGGCAGCACAGCCUUUGAUCAACAACCGACUGGAUCAAAUCCAUCAGAGUAGACACUGCACAAUGGGUGUUCAUAUAAAGCAUAGUGAUCCAGUAAACAACCAAAUGUGCUCCGUUUAUGACUUCCCUAUCCUGCAGAGUGCACGGUGAAGGGCUAUGAGGACUUUUGCUGUCGGAACACCUGUAUUGGCGGAUUGCCUUGUGCUGAAUUACAAAUGUUUUACCCCUAGUCUCUAGCUCCUACCCCCUAAACACUGCUGUAGACCUGAAACGUUUGGAUAGGUUUAAGCAAUGAGUUGAUUUCAUAAAUGUUCACAACCAGUGGGUAUUAAAGGGAGAUUUAUAUGCUCCACAUUUCUGCAAUGCUGAGUCAAUAGCAAUCUAAUGUUCAACGAUACUAUUAAAAUUGAGAUUGUGUGAAUGGCUGCGUUAAGACAUCAAAAUCAAUUUGUGCGACCUGGAAUGUGUUUGGAGGGAAAGGAUGCGAGGGGUGAGUGGAGUAUGUGUGGGUGUGUUUGUGUGUGUUGGGAGGUGAUGAUGAGGGUAUUAUUGAAUGUGCUCUCUCUGUCCAGAUCAAACACAGACAGGACGAGGAGAAGAGACAACUCUGCUCUCUCAGAGACCAGCUCCGGCCCUCACUGCAGCCUGAGCUCAAAGAGGUGAGGACACACACACAAACACACACACACACACACACACAGGUUUGAUUGAAAUUCAAAAUGUGCCUGUCUAUGUUCAAAAUUUGACAUUUUAGUUUUUUUUAAGAGUAAAAUAUAUUUUUGAAAUACUUCUUGAGUAAAGCAUUUCUCUUCCAUGCUCAUAUGGGGUGAGUAACAUCUCACUAAAUGUGGAUGAUGUAAUUCAUUAUAGUGAAGUAUUAACAUUGUGGUUUUAUUUCAAUCCUGCAAAUCGUUCAGUCAAGGAGAGUAAGUUGAAUUUGAUAUGCUUGAUAUGUACGGUACUUGCAUGUGAUUAAAAAAUAAAGUUAUAACAAUAAAGCUGUAAAUACAGUGCAUUCGGAAAGUAUUCAGACCCCUUGACCUUUUCCACAUUUUGUUACGUUACAGCCUUAUUCUAAAAUGUAUUGAAUUGUUUCCCCCCCCCCCCUCAUUAAUCUACACACAAUACCCCAUAAUGACAAAGCAAAAACAGGUGUUUAGACAUUUAUGCAAAUUUAUAAAUAAAAAAACGGAAAUAUGACAUUUACCUAAGUAUUCAGACCCUUUUACUCAGUACUUUGUUGAAGCACUUUUGGCAGCGAUUACAGCCUCGAGUCUUCUUGGGUAUGACGCUACAAGCUUGGCACACCUGUAUUUGGGGAGUUUCUCCCAUUUUUCUCUGCAGAUCCUCUCAAGUCAGGUUGGAUGGGGAGUGUUGCUGCACAGCUAUUUUCAGGUCUCUCCAGAGAUGUUCGAUCGGGUUCAAGUCCAGGCUCUGGCUGGGCCACUCAAGGACAUUCAGAGACUUGUCCCGAAGCCACUCCUGCGUUGUCUUGGCUCUGUGCUUUGGGUCGUUGUCCUGUUGGAAGGUGAACCAGACUGAGGUCCUGAGCGCUCUGGAGCAGGAGCUCUCUGUACUUUCUCCGUUCAUCUUUCCCUCAAUCCUGACUAGUCUCCCAGUCCCUGCCGCUGAAAAACAUCUCCACAGCAUGAUGCUGCCACCACCAUGCUUCACCGUAGGGAUAGUGCCAGUUUUCCUCCAGACGUGAUGUUUUGCAUUGAGACCAAAUAAUUCAAUCUUGGUUUCAUCAGACCAGAGAAUUUUGUUUCUCAUGGUCGGAGAGUCUUUAGGUGCCUUUUGGCAAACUCCUAGUGGGCUGUCAUGUGCAUUUUACUGAGGAGUGGCUUCCAUCUGGGCACUGUACCAAAAAGGCCUGAUUGGUGGAGUGCUGCAGAGAUGGUUGUCCUUCUGGAAGUUUUAUCCCAUCUCCACACAGGAACUCCGGAGCUCUGUCAGUGACCAUCGGGUUCCUCCUUACCAAGGCCCUUCUCCCCCGAUUGCUCAGUUUGGCCGGGUGGCCAGCUCUAUGAAGAGUCUUGGUAGUUCCUGAAAUUCUUCCAUUGAAGAAUGAUGGAUGCCACUGUGUUCUUGGGGACCUUCAAUGCUGCAGAAUUUUUUUGGUACCCUUCCCCAGAUCUGUGCCUUGACACAAUCCUGUCUCUGAGUUCUACGGACAAAUCCUUCGACCUCAUGGCUUGGUCUUUGCUCAGACAUGCACUGUCAGCUGUGGGACCUUAUAUAGACAGGUGUGUGCCGUUCCAAAUCAUGUCCAAACAAUUGAAUUUACCACAGGUGGACUCCAAUCAAGUUGUAGAAACGUUUCAAGGAUGAUCAAUGGAAACAGGAUGCACCUGAGCUCAAUUUCGAGUCUCAUAGCAAAUGGUCUGAAUGUUUGUGUAAAUAAGGUAUUUCUGUUUAAUUUUUUUUAUAAAUGUGCAAACAUUUCUAAAAACCUGUUUUUGCUUUGUCAUUUGUAUUUGUUUGUAUUAAUUAGGGAUCCCCAUUAGCUGCUGCCAAGUGCUCCCCCCCUCUGGUAGCAUGUCUUGUGGGGUAUGCAUGGGUGUCCAAGCUGUGUGCCAGUAUUCCAGCUCGGUACAUUCAGCUUGUCCACACCUCUUACAAAACAAGCAGUGAUGAAGUCAAUCUCUCUUCCACUCUGAGCCAGGAGAGACUGACAUGCAUGUCAUUAAUGUUAGCUCUCCAUUUACUUUUAAGGGCCAGCCGUGCUGCCCUGUUUUGAGCCAACUGCAAUUUUCCCAAGUCCCUCUUUGUGGCACCUGACCACACUACUGCGACAAAACUAGGGCCUGUAGGACCUGCCUUGUUGAUAGUGUUGUUAAGAAGGCAGAGCAGCGCUUAAUUAUGGACAUACUUCUCCCCAUCUUAGCUACUGUUGUGUCAAUAUGCUUUGACCAUGACAGUCUACAAUCCAGGGUUACUCCAAGCAGUUUAGACACCUCAACUUGCUCAAUUUCCACAUUAUUCAUUACGAGAUGUAGUUGAGGUUUAGGGUUUAGUGAAUGAAUUGACCCAAAUACAAUGCUUUACGUUUCGGAAAUAUUCAGGACUAACUUAUUCCUUGCCACCGAUUCCGAAACUAACUGCAACUCUUUGUUAAGUGUUGUAGUUAUUUCAGUUGCUGUAGUAGCUGAUGUGUAUAGUGUUGAGUCAUCCGCAUACAUAGAUACACUGGUUUUACUCAAGUGGCAUGUCGUUAGUAAAGAUGAAAAAAGCAAGGGGCCUAGACAGCUGCCCUGGGGAAUUCCUGAUUGUACCUGGAUUAUGUUUGAUUGUCACUAUGGGGUAUUUUGUGUAGAUUGAUGAGAAAAAAUAUAUAUUUUGUCCAUUUUAGAACAAGGCUGUAACGUAACAAAAUGUGGAAAAGUAAUGGGGUCUGAAUACUUUUCCUGUGGUGGUUCUAUUCAGUCCUUGUGCAGCAAGCAAAAUGUUUUACAUUCAAGGGCUAUUUGUAAUUUUUAUAAAUCACCCUUUUUAGAAACUUUUGUAUAGUAUGUGUCAUGAUGUUAUGGCUGCUCUUCAUGGUAUUUGACAAGAAGAGCUUGUCUGUCUGACCUACCACACAUUUCUCUGCUACUACUGUACUUGCAUGCAUACGUUAAUUGCAUGCUUACGUUAAUCUGUCUUGUUUGUGACAUCAUAUUUCUGCUUUCCGUGUCCAUCUCACUGCUUGAGUCACAGGAUCUAGAAAUCGCAAGUUGACUCAUGAUCUGUUCAUGUGGAAUAUGAAAGGGAUAAACGGUGACGUUCUGUACAUUAUAGAAAAUAAUGGACGACGUGGUAGGGAAUCUUGUAAAUUACCUCUAUCUCUUUGUCAAACCCAGGACUCCUUGAGCAAGCAGACAUUCUACAGCAUGCACCAGCUGGAAGGCAACAAAUAUUAUGGCACAGAGAAAGCGGGAUACCUCUACAAGAGAAGUGACGGGUAUGAACACUUUAUCUGUGUGAAAGUCAUUAUCCCAAGCAGAAUUGUCAUACCUGCAAGUUAAAUCCUAUUUACACUAGACGGAUGUAGUAUUAUUAUGUUCAUAGUGAGAAUUUCAUUUGAGCUUCCAUACAGUUACAUCACAGUACCUCAGUCAGUUUGGAGGCUGAAAGAGGUGCUGGCAUUGUUUUCACCCUUGGUGUUUGUCCCCCGCAGGUUGAGAAAGAUGUGGCAGAAGAGGAAUUGC